AUGAUUUCAGCAAGAUCACCUCAGGCAUCUCCUCAUUGCAAUGGAAGGGUGGCAGUUUCAGUGGAACAAGAUCAGGUAAGGGAAGAGUCAUCCAGGAGACUGGGGGCAGUCUGGGUUCUCCUGCCCCCUCCUUCAGACUUUAGCAAUCUCUCGCUCUUCCACCUUGCUUUCAAAGCUGCUCAAUGAAUGUUUAAAUCCUGAGAAUAAGGAGCCACGUCACCUAGCAGUUAGCUAUCAAUUUUAGGUUCUUCCUUAUUUUGCAUGCUUUUGCGCCGGGGUCAAUUGUCUAAUGUCUGCCAGUUGCAUCCUCUGAAGCUAGGAAGCCUGGUCUCAGCUCCCCAGAUGGUCCCACGCUUAUUUUAAAGGCCACAGAGGGAAUAUUUUCCACAAUUCAGGUGGGUAGCCAUGUUGGUCUGACGCAGUUGAAAUAUAUUUUAAAAAUUUAAAAAUUGUCCAGUAGCAUCUUAGAGGCCAACUAAGUUUGUUCUUGGUAUAAGCUUUCAUGUGCGUGCAUGAAAGCUUAUACCAAGAACAAACUUAGUUGGUCUUUAAGGUGCUACUGGACAAUUUUUAAAUUUUUAAAAUAUAUUUUCCACAAUGAAGCAGAAUAAAAGUCAGGUCAAGCACUGACUCAUCAGAAUAUAAGUGUAUAAAAUUCUACACAGCGUGGGCAAAUGUUUCUCCUUCUCUCAUUACACUAGGAAGACUUGUGGGCAUCAAAUGAAACUAAUAAAUUUAAUACAUUUUUAAAUAAUUUUUUUUUAAAAAGGUUUCCCGCUCCUGUUACAAACAUAUAUCCAUUGCUUCCUGAUGUUGCUACUUCAUUCUUCUUCUGUAAUCACCUUCUCAUCCUUCUAUUAAUUUUAAUCCAUUUUCAUGUCUAGCCUUUCUUGUUUCCUUGCAGUCAGCACCUUUGUUGUUUUCCCGAACAUGUGAAUAUCCAGCACUCUGUUUCCGGACCUGGAGUGUAGAGAUAAUUUAUUGCCACCGCCCUUUGUCCAUUCACAUUCCACUCCUUGGAUGGCUUUAAAAGAGGAUUAAACAAGGUCAUGGAGGAUAAAGCUAUCAGUGGCUACAAGCCACAAUGACUGUGUUCUACCUCCACUGUCAUAGACAUUAUGCCUCCAAAUACCAGUUGCAGGACAUCACAGGUGGGCAGAGUGCUGUUGUGUCCUAGGCCUUGCUUGCGGGCUUCCCAUUGGCCACUGUGAGAACAGGGGAUUGGAGUCUCUAAGAUGGUUGGGCGGCAGUUCCACGCCUCCUUCCAGCAACUUCUGCAGCCAAGCUGGUGCCAAACGUCUUGCUCUGCUUUCCUUUGAACCACAUCAGUGAGGCCGAGAGCGGAGUCUUGUCAUGUGGGCAGCCCAGGACCUCCAGACACACUGCUCAGGAUUGUGCCCCAGGGAGGUCACUUUGGUGCUGCUAAUGCAGUGGUUUGACUUCACCCCUGGAGGAACACUCCAUUGUCUCUUGAGACAGACAGCUGCCAGCAAGACUUAUCAGCAGAGUAAAAACCAGUUGCACAGAUUUUGUUGUUUAGUCGUGUCCGACUCUUCGUGACCCCCUGGACCAGAGCACGCCAGGCACUCCUGUCUUCCACUGCCUCCCGCAGUUGGUCAAAUCAUGUUCGUAGCUUCGAGAACACUGUCCAACCAUCUCGUCCUCCAUCGUCCCCUUCUCCUUGUGCCCUCCAUCUUUCCCAACGUCACGUUCUUUUCCAGGGAGUCUUCUCUUCCCAUGAGGUGACCAAAGUACUAGAGCCUCAGCUUCAGGAUCUGUCCUUCCAGUGAGCACUCAGGGCUGAUUUCCCUAAGAAUGGAGAGGUUUGAUCUUCUUGCAGUCCAUGGGACUCUCAAGAGUCUCCUCCAGCACCAUAAUUCAAAAGCAUCAAUUCUUCGGCGAUCAGCCUUCUUUAUGGUCCAGCUCUCACUUCCAUACAUCACUAUUGGGAAAACCAUGGCUUUAACUAUACGGACCUUUGUUGGCAAGGUGAUGUCUCUGCUUUUUAAGAUGCUGUCUAGGUCUGUCAUCACUUUUCUCCCAAGAAGCAGGUAUCUUUUGAUUUCGUGACUGCUGUCACCAGAUACACAGAUACUAAAAUAUAAAUGCCCACUUUUAAAAUGGGAAAUAAAAUAACCCAAUUAAGACAGCACAGCACUUACCGUAUUUUGCGCCCCAUAGGACGCACCGGCCCAUAGGACGCACCUAGUUUUUUGGGGGGGAAAUAAAGAAAAAAAAUUUAUUUCCCCCCCAGGUGCGGGGCUGGAAGAACCAGGUCAGGGAACAGCGGGAAGGCGUGCUCCGCCUCCCCGCUGUCCCCCGAGCUUGUGGGGCUGGCAAUGGGGAGAAGUGCGCUGAGCCCGGGACUGCAGGCACCUCUGCGCAGCCAUCGAGAGCCGGGCAGGACUUCGCACCCGGCUCCCGAUGGCCGCGCAGAGCUGCGCUGAAGCCUGGACUGCAGGCACCUCUGCGCGGCCAUCGGGAGCCGGGCGCGAAGUCGGGGCCGGUCUCCCGAGGGUUGCGCAGAGCUUCCUGAAGCCUGCAUUCGCCCCAUAGGACGCACACACAUUUCCCCUUCAUUUUUGGAGGGGAAAAAGUGCGUCCUAUAGGGCGAAAAAUACGGUAUUAGAUAGAAUAUAUUGGACACCAAAUAGUGGUAGAAAGCUUUUAUUCUGUCUAUCAGGAGGAUAUAAUUUCUUUUAAUUUUAGGGUACAGUGUUCUUUGAGGAUGUGGCUGUAUACUUCACAGAUGAGGAGUGGACCCUGCUGAAUCCUGACCAGAGAACGCUGCAUAACAGUGUCAUGGAGGAGAACUGUGUGAUCGUGGCGUCUCUUGGUAUGGCUUCCCAUUGGAUGAUAAUAUCUGCUGUGAAAUUCAAUAUGAUGUUUUAUGAUGAAUGAUCUGAUGCAGCUCAGUGGCACCACGUACAGCAUUUGGACAAGUAUCUACUGUGUUGUCUCAGGACUUGUACACCAGUUAUGCCCUUCUAAAGAAUUAUCAGACUGGUCUGAACUUCCCAGGCCUUUGAAAUGUGAGUUUCAGGGUUGCUCAGGGUAGAAGUAGCUCCUCAUUAAUUUUCUGGUUGGCCAAAGGAAACCACUGACUUCAGAGAUGGAUUUCAUGAUUGGCCCAAACAGCAAUCCAUCUCAGAAAAGAGGUGGGCUUUUACUCAUCUCAGAUUCCCAUAGCUAUAUGACACUUUUGCCUUUGUGGAAAUAUCUCUUCAAGAGUCCUCCCUACCCAGAGUCCUACUCACCCCUUUUUAUAAUUUGCUAUUUGGCUUAACUGCCUUUCAUGGGCAAUUGCAGAUGAACUUCAAAGUGAUGAAUCUCAGGGCUCAUCAGCUGAUCAGCUCCAAGAGCCUCAUCAGGUGACCUAGGCAGUUCCUGAUGAAGAAUUCCCUGAUGCUGCUGAUCCCAGUGGGGCAUCCUGACAGAGACGAUCAGCUGAUGGUUACUGAGAGGGAUCCCCACCAGCAAGGAGCAAUCAUUUCCAGCAACGUUUUACCUUCCCACACCAGAAGUUGCAGGUCUAGCAGAAAACAACCUCACAGGCCUUCAUCAGCCCCAUGUGCCAGAGGUUCACCACCAUUGCUUUAUCUAGAGAAGUCAGGGAUUGUCCAUGGAACUUCUAAGCCUAACCUUUACAUUCUAUCGUAUCUUCAUCUUUUCUAUUACUCCUCACAGUUCUGAAGAGAAUGGACAUGGUUGUAUCAUUUACCUGCACAUCAACCUUGUGAAGUAGGCUAGACUGAAAGGGAGAGUGAUUGGUCAAAGAUGACCCAAUGACUUUCGACACUAAGCCAAACCCAGUUUUACACAGGCCAGAUUCAACAGUCUUUAGCAAGCCAGCUCUCAGUUAAUGCUGGCGACCAAAGGGAGUUAAUUCUGUAGUAAGAUCUGCCUCUCAUCUAAGUCCCUUCAUUUCUUCCUUUGUCACAACCAUUAUUGGGCAUUGUUCAGUAUUUUGGGGUUCCGUUUCCUCCUAAGGCUCUCUCAUUAGUUUUUGUUGUCAUUGCAGAAGGUGACAAAUUGGAAACCAGGAAUCAGGGAGACCAUGACAAACUCCACACAGUAGAGAAGCCAUAUGAAUAUCUUGAGUGUGGAGAGAGCAUCUAUCAGAGUUCCCAUCAAGGAACUGACAACAAGGAGAAACUUUAUCAGUGCUUGGAAUGUGGGAAGAACUUCAGCUGGAAGAAAAAUCUCACUUCCCAUCAAAGAAUUCAUACCGAAGAGAAGCGAUAUCAGUGCUUGGAUUGUGGAAAGAGCUUUAACAGAAGCACAGAUUUCUGUCGUCAUCAAAGAAUUCAUACAGGGGAGAGACCGUACGAAUGCUUAGAAUGUGGAAAGAGCUUCAGUCAGAGCUCCAACCUCCAUGCCCAUCAAAGAAUUCACAGUGGGAACAAACCCUAUCAGUGUCUGGAAUGUGGGAUUGGCUUCACCACCAAGAGAAGUCUCACUUCCCAUCAAAGAAUUCAUACUGGGGAGAGACCAUAUCAGUGUCUGGAAUGUGGGAAGAGCUAUAGCUGGAAAGACAGUCUCACUUCCCAUCAAAGGAUUCAUACAGGGGAAAAACCCUAUCAGUGCUUGGAGUGUGGAAAGAGCUUCCACAGAAGCACACAUUUCCGCCGCCAUCAAAGAAUUCACAGCGGGGAGAAACCCUACCAGUGCUUGGAAUGUGGGAAGACCUUCAGCUGGAAGGAAAGUCUCACUUCCCAUCAGAGAAUCCAUACAGGGGAGAAACGAUAUCAAUGCUUGUAA